AUGAACUCUCCCGUCAUUGCGGUUGUUGGGACUACUGGCGUUGGAAAGUCCAAGUUAGCUGUUGAACUUGCACUCUCUGUGAAGUCUAGUGCUGCCGAUCACUCUUCAAGAGGUUUUACAUGGAAGGAUUCUCGUGUUCUCAAUGCAGAUGCCAUGCAAAUUUAUCGUGGUCUGGAUGUUAUCACGAACAAGAUGCCUGUUGAGGAGCAAUGCGGGGUUGACCAUCUCCUGAUGAGUAUCAGAAACGCCGGGGAGGAUUAUGUCGUUGGGGAAUGGGUACAUGAUGCCAGCGAUCUGAUCAAGGAAUGCCACGAGCACGACACGAUCCCGAUUGUUGCAGGAGGGACACAUUAUUGGAUACAGCAUCUUUUAUUUCCCGAGAGGCUUGCGAGUGACCCACAAUUCCGAUCAAUCAUAAGGAGUGACGAAACGGGAGAAUCCCCUGAACUUGCCAGAUCAUUGUUGACGCUUCCCGGACAUCUGAAAUCUCUCUAUGAACACCUUCCACAUCGAGAGUCUAUUGCCUCUAUAUCGGAAGAGGACUCUUACAAUCUCCACGACUUACUGCAUCGAAUCGACCCUAUCAUGUCUCAAAGAUGGCAUUGGAAAGACUCGAGGAAAGUCUUGCGCAGUUUAGAAAUUAUAAAGGAAAAUGGUCGGCUUGCCAGCCAAGUGAUGCGUGAUCAAGACACUACAGAAAGCCUCCCAAGGUACCGAACAUUGAUUUUUUGGAUCUAUGCAGAGCCGUCCCUUCUCGACCCGCGUCUGGAUGGGCGUGUCGAUCAGAUGAUCAAGUCGGGACUGGUGCGCGAACUCCAUAGCUUAAAAGCUGUAGCAAGCACUUCAAGAGCAUCCGAAAUUCCCACACAAGGCAUAUUCCAAUCGAUAGGUUAUAAAGAAUUUUCCGCAUAUCUUAACGACGCCCCCGAUACUUUUAUUCCAGACCCAUCUUCUUCCGUAUCACCAUCGUUUCUUGAAGGGGUGGCUCAAAUGAAGCUUGCGACGCGGCAAUACGCUCGCCGUCAGGUGAGGUGGAUCAGGAACCGUUUGAUUCCUGCGGUAGCGUCACCUUCGAGGGGGAACCGGGCCUGGAUAUACCUCUUGGAUGCGAAUGAGCUUGGAGAGACCUGGGAGCUGAACGUUCGCGACAAAGCGGUAUCAAUCAUGAAUCAAUUCCUUGCAAAUCAGGACGAUGACAUGCCCGACCCACUAUCCCUGUCGAAACAGGCUGCGGAACUUUUGCAGCCUCCGAAGUCUUCCUCAUUACCUUCUGAGCUUCUGAGCGCACGCCGUAAACGCAUCUGCGAAAUAUGCACCAAAAAUCCUACUCGACCGAUUAUGAUCGAGGAAGGGAAAGAAUGGAGGAUGCACGUUAAAUCUAGGGCGCAUAGAGGUAGGGUGAGAAGGGAGCAGCAUUUGGCAACAAUACGCCAGUUGAGGGAGGAAGCUGCUGAGCGUGCGCGAUUGAAAGCUGCUGAGGCGAGCGGUGGCACCACAUAG